AUGACGGACUUCCACGAGGAGGCACGGCCUGGGGAAUCUCGCCUUGAGCCGCGGCUCCGCGCGAGGGACGAAGAAUGUGAGGAGUACCGCCAGGAGAAGCGACCCCGCCUCAGCCCUGGCGUUGAUUGCUCCGACCCCCCGGGUGUCCUGUCGUCAGGUGACAGUGGUCUGCCUGAAAUCGGCAUGUCCAGUGCCUUGGCUUGCGUCUCCGAGCCGCUGCAGACGGGACUUGCUGCGGUGAGGGUGAACGAAGGCAACGGGUACGAGCUGCAAGUACUGGGACCCGACGCGGUGGCGCCUCCAGGCGGCGCCAGCCCCCACCCAAUAAAAACGGAAUACGAGUCUGGCGCAAAUAUCCCAAGCUCCGGGCUGGAUAACGUCGCCAGCGCGGCGUUCGCACCCGGGCAGUUUGUUUCCGCGGGCCUCUUGGCGCCGCGGAUGCACUCCAUGACGCCGGUCGGGGCCCUACCCAGUGGCCAGGAAGGCUUGAUGGGUGCGGAGGUUGAGGAAUCCGCAAAGGUGCUGCAGCAGCUGCGGGGGGCGUUUCCUGCCGCCAGGCAAGGCGAUGAACAAGGCGUCGGAUCACCAAUCGAGCGGAUGGCUAAGCUGCGCCGACUUAAGUCAGUGGAGGCGGGGCAGGGGCUGGGAGGUGCAAUGCCGCCUCCUGGGCCGCCCGAGGGUGGCGAUCCGGCCGCGGAGCGCUCGGACAAGCUGCUGGAAUCCUUGCAAGAGUUCGCGAGCUUCGUGCAGCAGGCGUGCCUCCCUGAGCAUGCCAACCAGCCCACCGCAUCCCAGGCCGCGCAGCUGGGGCCCCAGGCGAUUGCCUCUCUGGUCACGACCCCCCAGGGUGCCCUCCAAUUCCUCCCCGUCCAGACCGAAGGCAGCAAGGCGACUGACGCGCCCAGCCUAGGCGACUCCUUGGCCCUGCAUGGCAGCUCACCGGCUCUGCACAGCAUGGCAGAGACAGUGCAGAAGCUCUUUGUGUCGAUGGCACCGGGGGGGGCGCCUAAGCCAGGCCUCUUCUUACCGCAGCCCACCAUGCCGAUGGGCAUCUCCGGUCCGUUGCCCCCCAUGCUGAUGGACCCACAGCAGCGAACCCCAGGUGUGGGGGCGCACAUUCUCCAGCCCAAUAAGGCUAUCCAACAGUGCCAGGCCAUGACGGGUCCUGGGUUGCCUACAGGGGCCAUACCCCAAGAAUACUACUCCAUCCCUGCAGUUCAGCUGCCUCAGGGCAUGCGGACACCAGUAUUGGUAGACCCCAGCGCGAUGCUAACGCUGCUCGGGCAGCAACAAGGCCCAAAGGUGGUCAUCCAGCCUGAUGCGGGACGCGAGAUGGUCCCAGGCCAGAAAGUGGCCAUGGAAAUCAGCACAGCAGGCCCCCUGUCAGUGCACAGCCUGACAGGACAGGACCCGCAAGCUCGGUGCCAGACGGUUCCAGGUGUGAUGCAGUUUCCCCUAAUGAUGGGGCAGCAGGUGUACGCCCCAGGGCAACAGGGGAUGGAGCCCGGCGCCCUUGCCUCUGUGCAUCCGAUGCUUCACAUGGAGAUGGGCCACGGCAGUGGCCUUGGCAGUGGCCUUGGUGGUGUGCCCGACAUACACUCUGCUGCCCUGGGUGGUGAGCUGGGGCUACCCAGCAGUGGUGUGGGAAUGCAGAUGCUGCAGGAGGUGCCUGUUCGGCCUCAGGAGCCGCUUCCCAAGACAACAGUCAGGGGGCUGCUGCAUGUGUUCAGCGAUGACAUGCGGUUCAUCUUCUUCAGCUCGCAGAAAGCCCUGUUUGGGGACUCUGCAUGGGUCCCCAGCGAGUUUCACUACACUGACCUGUCGGAAACAGAGAAGCACGGGUCGCCACUUGCACAGCGCUUCUUUGUGGAGUUGAUUAACAGGAUCAAGGGGAGCUGCUGUUGA